GAAAAUGGACUUUUUUCGCCGGCUGUUUGUAUUGUAUAUAUUAUUUGUAUUCUUCCCAGGGGUUUUCCAACGGGGCUGAUUACUCGAUGAUGAUGAUCCUGAAAGCCAAGAACCCCCAUUUCCUUCUACAAUCCACAAAGCCCCCCAAUGAUAAAACCCACUCCAACAAACACAAACGCAAAUCCAUUCCCUCUGUGACUGCGUGUCAGUGUCUCCUCCGCAACUCUGAUGCUGGAAAAUUGGUCCAUGAGUUCGACCCAAAGGUUCCAGUAGAAAAGGCUGUGACACCUCCCAGCUCAUGGUACACAGACCCUUCGUUUUUCCAAGAAGAACUGGAGCGUGUCUUCUACAGGGGCUGGCAGGCCGUAGGAUGCAUUGAACACAUAAAGGACCCAGGUGACUUUUUCACAGGCAGAUUGGGUGAUGUAGAGUUUUUGGUUUGUAGAGAUGAAAAGGGAAACAUUCGUGCCUUUCACAAUGUGUGUCGCCAUCACGCCUCUCUCCUUGUCUCAUCAGGAACUGCCCACAAAGCCUCUUGCUUUGUCUGCCCUUAUCAUGCAUGGACGUAUGGGUUGGAUGGACAGCUUCUUAAGGCAACUAGGAUAACAGGAAUACAGAAUUUCAAUGUAAAGGACUUUGGACUUAUACCAAUAAAAGUAGCUACUUGGGGGCCAUUUGUCCUUCUCAACUUAGACAAAGAGAUAUCUCGGCAUGAAGCUGAUAUUAAUACAGUGGCAAGUGAAUGGCUUGGUAGCUGUUCAGAGAUACUGAGUACCAAUGGAGUUGAUUCUUCCCUAAGUUAUGUCUGUAGACGUGAAUACACUAUUGAAUGUAACUGGAAGGUGUUUUGUGACAACUACUUAGAUGGUGGAUAUCAUGUGCCAUAUGCACAUAAAGGCUUAGCAUCAGGUCUUCAGCUUCAAUCCUAUUCCACCAAAAUGUAUGAGAAGGUUAGCAUUCAAAGUUGUGAAGGUGGCUCGAUGGAUAGGAAAGAUGAUUACGAUAGACUGGGAUCAAAGGCUCUAUAUGCUUUUAUUUAUCCAAACUUCAUGAUCAAUAGGUAUGGACCUUGGAUGGACACCAAUCUAGUACUCCCACUAGGACCCAGGAAAUGUCAAGUGGUAUUUGACUACUUUCUUGAAGCUUCUCUUAAGGAUGACAAAGCUUUCAUAGAGAAAAGUUUAGAAGAUAGUGAACAAGUGCAGAUAGAAGAUAUUGUGCUAUGUGAAGGUGUUCAGAGGGGCCUUGAAUCACCAGCAUAUUCUACUGGCAGAUACGCUCCUACAGUAGAGAAGGCCAUGCACCAUUUCCAUAGUCUGCUUCGUUAUAACCUAACAAAUGAUUAACUCAUCUAGUUAAUUCCGAAAUUGUAUAUACGAACAUUAUUUUUUUGUUCCACGGUCCACCUUCCAUUUCGUAUAACGCAUGUCUCUGUUAAUUCAAGUUUACAGUUUUAUGUAAUAAUGAACCUUUUUGUCAGUGCCUUUGAGUUUAUAUUGUAUUCCCAAAAGCAUGGAAUGACACCCAGAGUCAUUCUCAGCAGUAAA